CCCGUGCAAGACGUCAUUAGAGAAAUACAAAAUGUCCUCGCCAUUUCUGUGCAGAAGAGAAAAGAAUGCGAUCAUUAUUGAGAAAUGGGGGAGACCGAGCGAAAAGGUACCUGAGGCGGUCCAGAAGGUGGUUAUGUCCAAGCACGGUGAUGAUGCCCUAGUUCAUAUCACUGGGGCUCCCCUGGUAAUGCACGCGGCGAUACCAGAAAGGAAACAUCGACUUGUGCUUGAAAGAGACCUUCUCGGUCAGAUCAAACUUGCAGGAAACGUUCGUGUUGUGGACAGGACUAUCCUCUUGGGACGGUUUAUCAAGACCGUGGAGGAUGAAGCCGGUACGCAAAUAUCGGCAAGCUUCUAACUCACGAAUUUGGCCACUCCUAUGGAAGGUGCAAAAGCUCACUAAAUCGGACAGCCAUGUACCUGCACGGAUUUGAGCACACGAACUGGGCCCAAUCAAUCAAAUCAGUCAACCUAGAUGAUGGAACAGGAAAUCAAAAAAAGUAAAAAGGCAAAAUCGUCGGCCGAUGGACGAUUAUUUGGACGAGGACACGAUGCGAGAGA